AUGGGCUUCGCUGCCGCACUGCUGGUGGAGGCCGUGUCGGGGCGCGGCUUGCUAUUCCACAUGCACGAGCAAGCGGGCGUGCCUGUCACUCAAUGCGACCCGCUCGGCCUCUCCCUCGCCGCGCUCUCGCUGCUCGUUGCGGUCGGCGCGUUCGGCGACCGAGGGCGCUUCGAGGACGAGUUGCCGGCGGGGCCGGGCAGAGCGCGAUGCACGAUCCAACAGGCGCUGGGCCUGCACGACCAAGGCCCGCUGCUGGGGAUGAGCAAGGCGAGCGAGCUGUUCGUGGCGCGGCUGGCGGAGGUGGGUUUAGCCGCCACACUGCUUGGCGAGAUGCUGACGGGCCACGGCAUGUUGGCGCACCUGAACGUGCACACGGGUGUGCCUCUAACGCAGCUGCAACCCGCCCUGCUCGCCCCUAUCAUGUUCCUCGUUCUCGCUGCUGCUCACCCUGGUACUGGCCGCUUCGUUAAUGAAGACUGA